AUGGUGUAUUACUUUAAGGCAGAAGUACAAUCUGAAAAGGGUUCAAGCGAAUACGAUGAUUUCGCUCUUGGUUCUGAUGAAGAGAACGAGGAAGCAGUGAUAUAUAUGGGUAAAGAUAAAUUUGAAAAUGAACACUUAUUAAAGCAUUCACACCCUAAGAAUAUCUGGUUCCAUGUUGAUAACUAUUCGUCUGCUCAUUUAUAUUUGCAAUUGUCUAAUGAGGACCAGUUGUUAACUUUUGAUGCAUUGAAGUUAAAUGAUAGCGUUCUAAAGCAACUCGCACAAUUGACCAAGGCCAACUCCAUUAAAGCGAAUAAGUUAAAUAACAUAACAAUCAUAUACACGCCGGUGGACAAUUUGUAUACUGACGGUUCAAUGGACGCAGGAACAGUCACAUUCCAUAAUCCUAAGAAGGUUAAAAGAAUUCUAGUUGCUAAAAAGGAAAAUGCAAUAGUGAAUAAAUUGAACAGAACGAAAUAUGAGAUAACGACUGAAGAAUUUAUCAAAAAUCAACAGGCAUUGCAGAGACAAUAUCUUGCGGACAAGAAGAACAGAGAAAGAGAAAUACAGAAACAGGAACGAGAAUUGGCUAAGCAGCAUGAGGAACAAAAGAAGAGGAAUACCGAUCCGUAUGCUGACCUCUUCACAGAACAAAACAAAGACUUGAAUAGUAAUGAAUUUCGUAACGAGAACUGGGUUGAAGAAGAAUUCUGGUAG